AUGAAAAUUGGCCCUGACGCCCCGAUGCUGAAGCAAGACAUUGAAUGCGGCCUCAUUAGUGAAAAGCUCAGCAGGGAAGCGUUGACAGCCUGCUUGUCGGGAGAAAUGAGGGACGUGGAGCGGUUCAUCGCCAGCACUGCUGGCGCGGCUAGCUCAUCUCCAGAGGCAGACAAAGCAUUGGCGGACGAGAUUCUGUAUGGCAGAGCGGGUGUUUUGUUUCUAUUAAGAUUGGUCCGCCAUUGGGUGCCCGAGAGUAAGGCUAUGCUGGAUCUACAGAUGAAAGCCGUCGCUGCUCGUAUCAUGGAAGCCAACAACCACGGGCAGGAUAGCUGGGUAUGGGCAGACAAAAAGUUUCUGGGUGCUGUUCAUGGAGAUAUCGGAAUCAUUACACAAUUGGUAUUGUGCCUCCCAGAACUGGCACCCGAACUCGAGCCACAUUUGCUUCGACUUCUUUCUCUGCAGUUCAAUGACGGAAACUGGCCCAAGUUCGUGGGGGAGGGCGAGACGGCAUCUGACAUUGCCCAAUUUUGCCAUGGUGCCCCAGGUUUUGUGAUUAGUCUACAAGCGCUGCGACCCUACUAUCCGCACCUGAGCGCUACUCUCGAUAGGGCUAUUGCGAAGGGAAUCGAGAUUACUUGGACUAAAGGUUUACUCCGCAAAGAACCAGCAUUAUGUCAUGGGGUUUUGGGAAAUGCAUUAGCUCUGCCUCGAGUGCACCAAAACACGGUCGUUCCCGUCUAG